AUGAGUUCAUAUAGUAGUCGUUCGUCCCCUCAUCAAGACAGAAUCUACCAAAUAUCGGAACGCCUUGCAGGGAUCCAAGUCACAAUUGAGAACGAGCGUGGAUCCAGAGUCAAUCAGCUGGAAUCCAAAAUCGACAUCCUACAGCAAAAAUUUGAAGAAGCUCAAGAACAAAGUGCUAAAAAAUUUUCCAACUGUAAAGAUCAAGUCGCCUUUCUCCAAAAAGCUUUAAACGACACAAUAGAAUCCAGAGAAAGCUUUUUCCAGCAAAGAACAAAUGAGCUGUUAGACCGUGAAGAAGCCUUAAAAGGAUAUUUUGGGGAGUCAGACACCUCAAAAAAAGAAGCAGACCAAAAACUGCAAAAGCUAAUGGAUGAUAGGAUGAAUUCUCUAAAAGCUGAAGUCUCAAGAGAAGCCAAGUUGAGAAGUGAUGGGCUGGAUUCAAUUAAGCAAUAUUUCAACGAAAGAAUCCCUACAAUCGAAUCCAUGCUCAAAAAUGAAGUCAUUGAAAGAGAAAAAGUGGGCGAGCAAUAUAUGAAUGACAUCAAUAAGGAAGCCGAAAGAGCCCAAGGGCUAAUUGACCAAGAAAGAAAAGCCAGAGAAGAAACUGAAGAAGCUAUGCUUGUGAUGCUGCAAGAUUUAGUUUCAAGGAUGAAGAACGAAAUUGAAGCAGAGCGAGGAGAAAGAGAAGAGUCAGAAGAAACCUUAUUGAAUUUGCUUGAAGAGACUUGCAGCAAGUUAAAUUCCUUAUCAAAAUAUUAA